GUGCCUGCCGGGUAGAAGACGGGCAGUCGCCUCGGCGCCAUUUUGUGGCGAGGGACUGAGGUGUUGCGCGCGUGUGUUCGGCGCCCCGUGGGUGGCGGUUAGCGCUGCGCUGUGUGCUGGCGGAUCGUGUGACGGCGGCAUGGGCUCGGACAAGCGCGUGAGCAGGACGGAGCGGAGCGGCCGCUACGGCUCCAUCGUAGAGAGGGAGGACCGUGAUGAGCGGGAGUCCCGCAGCCGGCGCAGGGACUCUGACUACAAGAGGUCCAGCGAGGAGCGCCGCGGUGACCGCUACGAUGACUACCGCGACUACGAUAGCCGGGACUACGACAGCCGAGACUACGACAGCCGCGAUAGCCGAGACUGCCGGGACUACGACAGCCGGGACUACGACAGUCGCGACAGCCGAGACUGCCGAGACUACGACAGUCGCGACAGCCGGGACUGCCGCGACUACGAUAGCCGCGAUUGCCGGGACUACGACAGCCGGGACAGCCGAGACUACGAUUGCCGGGACUACGACAGCCGGGAUUGCCGAGACUACGACAGUCGCGACAGUCGAGACUACGACAGCCGAGACUAUGACAGAGAUUACGAUAGCCGCGAUUACGAUAGCCCGGAGAGGGAGCGGGAGCGCAGGAACAGUGACAAAUCAGAAGAUGGAUACCAUUCCGAUGGUGACUACGGAGAGCACGACUACAGGAACGACAUUAACGAUGAGAAAGAAAGCAAAACCAUCAUGUUGCGUGGCCUUCCCAUCACGGUUACAGAGAACGAUAUUCGGGAGCUCAUUGAGUCCUUUGAAGGUCCUCAGCCUGCAGACGUGAGGCUGAUGAAAAGAAAGACAGGUGUAAGCCGUGGUUUCGCCUUCGUGGAGUUUUAUCACUUUCAAGAUGCUACCAGCUGGAUGGAAGCCAAUCAGAAAAAGCUGGUGAUUCAAGGGAAGCAGAUUGCGAUGCACUACAGCAACCCCAGGCCUAAAUUUGAGGACUGGCUUUGCAACAAGUGCUGCCUUUACAACUUCAGGAGGAGGCUAAAAUGCUUCCGCUGCGGAGCAGACAAAUUCGAUUCAGAACAUGAGGUACCACCUGGAGCAGCAGAAGCCGUUCAGUCUGUGGAUUAUUAUUGUGACACCAUCAUUCUCCGAAACAUUGCUCCUCACACAGUAGUGGAAUCCAUCAUGACUGCCUUGUCUCCAUAUGCAUCUCUGGCAGUCAAUAAUAUUCGUCUUAUCAAAGACAAGCAGACUCAGCAAAAUAGAGGCUUUGCGUUUGUGCAGCUGUCUUCUGCCAUGGAUGCUUCUCAACUGCUGCAGAUUUUACAAAGUCUUCAGCCACCAUUAAAAAUUGAUGGCAAAACAAUUGGUGUUGACUUUGCAAAGAGUGCCAGAAAAGACUUGCUUCUCCCUGAUGGUAACAGAGUCAGCGCCUUCUCUGUGGCAAGUACAGCCAUUGCUGCAGCUCAGUGGUCGUCCACUCAGCCACAGACUGGAGAAGGCAGCACCCUUGACUACAGCUACCUCCAGUCAGGACAGGAUGGCUACACACAGUAUGCUCAGUACUCCCAGGAUUAUCAGCAGUACUACCAAAACCAAGGAGGAGUGUUGGACUCGGACUCAGCUACUAUAUCAGGAGCUCCGGUCACUACCACUACAGCUGCAGUUGUGUCCCAGAGUCCUCAGUUAUAUAAUCAACAGACAAACUCACCUGACUCUCCGACACAAUCAGCACCAGCUACCACCAGCACUCAGGCACAAACGGCUCCCCCGACUGGCGUGGUCCCUGGAACCAAGUAUGCUGUCCCUGACACUUCCACCUACCAAUAUGAUGAAUCUUCAGGAUAUUAUUAUGAUCCUGUAACAGGGCUCUACUAUGAUCCUAAUUCCCAGUAUUACUACAAUGCCUUAACCCAGCAGUACCUUUACUGGGACGGCGAAAAGGAGACCUACCUGCCUGCUGCAGAGGGUGUCACCUACCAACAAACAGCUACCACAACCACCACCAAAGAAGUGAAGGAGAAGAAAGAGAAGCCUAAAAGUAAAACAGCUCAACAGAUUGCUAAAGACAUGGAACGCUGGGCAAAGAGUUUGAACAAACAGAAAGAGAACUUCAAGAAUAGCUUCCAGCCACUGAGUACCAGAGAGGAGGAGCGGAAAGAGUCGGCGGCUGCAGAUGCAGGCUUUGCCCUCUUUGAGAAAAAGGGAGCUCUGUCUGAGAGACAGCAGAUCUUGCCAGAGGUGUUGAAAAACGGGGACGAUGAUAAUCCACUGAAGCGUGGCCUCGUGGCUGCCUACAGCGGUGAUAGCGAUAACGAUGAGGACUUACUGGAAAGAAUGGAGAAUGAGGAAGAGAAGCUGACCGACUGGAAGAAGAUGGCUUGUCUGCUGUGCAGAAGGCAGUUCCCAAACAAAGAUGCCCUGAUCCGGCACCAGCAGCUGUCUGACUUGCACAAGCAAAACAUGGAUAUCUACAGGAGGUCAAAGCUUUCAGAGCAGGAACUUGAAGCCUUGGAGCUGCGUGAGAGAGAGAUGAAAUACAGAGACAGAGCAGCUGAGAGGCGGGAGAAGUACGGCAUCCCAGAGCCCCCCGAGCCAAAGCGCAAGAAGGUCUAUGACGCUGGCACAGUCAAUUACGAGCAGCCCACCAAAGAUGGCCUUGACAACAGUAACAUCGGCAACAAGAUGCUGCAGGCCAUGGGCUGGAGGGAAGGCUCGGGCCUGGGAAGGAAAUGUCAGGGCAUCACAGCACCCAUUGAGGCCCAAGUCCGAAUGAGAGGAGCUGGUUUGGGAGCCAAGGGCAGCUCCUACGGCGUCUCCACCGCGGAUUCGUACAAGGACGCGGUGCGGAAAGCCAUGUUCGCCCGCUUCACGGAGAUGGAGUGACGCCCUGGCCCGCAGAGCGCUCGUUAGCCACAACUGACUGUUAAACUUCAUGGCCCUCAGUGGCCUGGCUGUCAUCUGGUUAUGGUUUAGAGUUGACCAUUUCAUUCCCUUGGACUUUUUCCCCCUUCUCGGCAUGUUAACACUUCCAUGAGCAGAUGGUUGGAACUGCCCCACCUUCAUGCUGGAGAGCUCCUGGUUAGACCAAAGGGGAUGCUGAUCUUUGUACGGUCUUGUACAUAGUGUAAUGUAUUUUGUGUUUGGAGCGUGUUGUCCCGAUGCCGCUUCUGCCCUCCCGAGCAGGGACAGGACCUGUUAGCUGUGCUUUCACACCGUCUUUGCUCUCCUUUUGUUGUAUUGUCUGUCUGGUUUGGUUUUUUUUUGGUUGGGUUUGUUUUUGGUUUUUUUUUUUUUUUUUUGGAGAAUUUUCCUGUACAUUUUGUAUGAUACAUCUUUGUAUAGACUUUUUGAAGACUUUGAUUCUAGUUGCCAGUUUGGCUCAUUUCCAAAAGAAAUACAUCCAAAAAUGAUCCUAUUUCUGUUUCUCGGUGGGUUGAAUGAAGAGUAAGUUGCCAAUGCUA